AUGGCAGCCACUUCACCACUUGCUGCUCUUUACUUUGUGGCCCUCAUGACCUUUGGAAACUAUGUCCUCUUCAACCUGCUGGUGGCCAUCUUGGUUGAAGGCUUUCAGGCAGAGGGUGAUGCCACUCGUUCUUACUCAGAUGAUGAUCGCUCCUCUUCUAACUUUGACGAGAGCGAGAAACACGACUCCAUAAAGUUGUCUGACCCAAGGAUCUGCACGCUAACACCCAAUGGCCACCUGGAGCUGGGUGCUGUCUCAGGGCCCAGGGGAUCCUACUCCUCAGAGAGACGGAGCUUCACCAUCGAGUCCAGGAAGAGCAGUGUGAUGAGCCUGGGCAAGAGCAGCCUGGAGAGACGCUCCCUCUCUCUAGUACGCAGUCAUGCUCUUAUCCACUGACAUGCAUUUGUAGACUGAUGAAAGCCUAUUCACUCUAAAUUAUAUGUAUACUUUGCAUCACUGCCAACAUUUCUCCAACAAUUUCAAUCAACAAUUUAUAAAUAAUUUUCAGUUUUAAAGAGAGAUAAGUCGUGACUCAGUCAGUGUACUAAGAAUAUCUUACAGGAGGGUCACUUCUGAGGCCAGAGGGUAACAUAGAAGGAAGUUUCGAAAAAGAGCAACACUAAUUAGAUAAUAAGAGUACAAGCAAGGAACACUUUUAUUUUAUUAGUCUUGUAUGUU